AUGAAUUUUUUCGAAUCUAUUAUAAAUUUUUUUAAAAGUUUGUUUUGGAAACAAGAAAUGGAGUUGACACUCGUUGGUUUACAAGGUAGUGGUAAAACUACUUUAGUCAAUGUUAUCUCUAAUGGUGGAUUUAUUGAAGAUACUAUUCCAACUAUUGGUUUUAAUAUGAAAAAAGUUACAAAAGGAAAUGUUACUAUAAAACUGUGGGAUAUUGGUGGUCAACCACGUUUCAGAAGUAUGUGGGAAAGAUAUUGUAGAGGUGUUAAUGCAAUUGUUUUUGUAGUAGAUUCAGCAGAUAGAGAGAAAUUUGAACAAUCAAAACAAGCAUUACAAGAUUUAAUUAAUAAACCACCUUUAGCAAAAAUUCCACUUUUAGUUGUUGCAAAUAAAAAUGAUUUACCAAAUUCUGCUGGUGUAGAUGAAAUGAUUCAAAAUUUGGAUUUGAGAGGUAUCGUUGGCAGAGAAGUUUGUUGUUAUUCAAUUUCUGCAAAAAAUAGCGUUAAUAUUGAUAUUACUUUAGAUUGGUUAAUUAAACAUAGUUCAUCUGUUAAAAAUUAA